AUGGUUUGUGAUGACUAUUACUUUACAUUGGCAAGGAAUCAUCUCCUAUAUAGGUUAUCUCCAGAACGAAGUGUACUCACGAUUGUUGGAGCCCCAGGCAUUGGAAAGACUACUUUUUGUAAAACACUAUAUACAGACAAUGCGGUUGCUUCACAUUUCAACAUUCGUGCUUGGAUUACUAUUCCGCAAAGAUACAAUGGGAAUGUGAAACAACUACUGUGCCACCUUCUUCAAUCAAUGAGCCCAACCCUCCUCAGUCAAGAAAUUGACAUGCUGCAGGGAAGCACUGUUUCUCAACUAAAACACCAACUGCACAAACACUUGAAGAAAUGCAAAAGAUAUCUAAUUGUUUUGGAUGAUGUCCCUAACACUCUGCUUUGGGAUGAUAUCCACCAAUGUUUUCCCGUUGACUCUACUGGAAGUUGGAUUUUGCUAACCACUCUUUUCACUGAUGUUGCUGAGGACACCACUGAAAGUUGGAUUGUCCGGAGCCUGCCUUACCUAAGUGACAAGGAGAGUUGGUUUCUGUUCUCCUGCAGAUUUUCUCUUAAACAGCAUAUGACAUCAAAAUUUGAAGAAAUUGCGAAGCAUCUUGUUGAGGAGUGCAGAGGAUUGCCGCGCUCAAUUGUUACAGUUGCAGACCGUCUAUCUAAAUGCAGCUACACAUUGAAAGAAUGGAAGAAGAUUGAGAAAGAAUUACUAUCAUUGGGAAUUCUACAUAGAGAUACAAAACACUCAAGUAAGCUUACCGACAUUUACAAUCGUUUACCACAACAUUUAAAAGUUUGUUUUUUAUAUUUUGUGGUAUUUCCAAAACACAGUAAAAUCAAUGUGAAAAGACUUAUUAAGUUAUGGAUUGCUGAGGGAUUUGUGAAGCCACUGGGGUGUCUGCCAUUAGAAGAUAUAGGUUAUAUGUAUUUAAGGGCUCUUAGAAGUAGAGGACUAGUCAAAACAGCUGGUAAGUCUGAUUUCAGACCAAAGACUUGUGAGAUACAUAUUGACAUGCAUAGCUUUUGCGUACGAGAAGCACAAAAAGAAGGUCUUUUAUGUGCAGCAAAUACUCAACAGUGUAUUGGCUGGUCACUAGAUGUACUCGCAAAUUCAUGUCGCUGGUUAAGUUUACGCUCACAUAGUUUGGACUAUCAUGUGAUGUUUAGUUCAAAUAUUCCUCGCUCACUUUUCGUCUUUCAGGGAGGUUUUGAAAGGUUUAUACCCUUCAAACAUUUACGAAUUUUAGAUUUGAGUGAAUCUCUAAUACUCAAAAGAGUGUCAUUGUUGCCCUUAAGGAAUUUAGCUUUUUUGAGAUAUCUUUCCAUACCACAGUGGUUUGAGAGUUUUAAUGAUGUAGUAUCAGUUAAUUCAAAUUUGGAAACACUUACUGUUUCUGGCAUUGAUGAAUCAACACUUGGAGCGCGUACUCUUCAUUUAUUGCCAUCCAAAAUUUGGGAGCUGCAACAUUUAAGGCAUCUCAAACUUGGGGAUAUGUAUAUGAUAGAUCCUCCAAACAUGGUUAAAGAGCAUUUGCAAACAUUAGUUUGUGCAAUGCCAAUUCAUUUCAGGAAAAAAGAAGUGUAUUAUUGCAGGUUUCCAAGCAUAAGAAAAUUGGAAGUUGUGUAUAAAGACAUCUUAGUGCCUGGUUGCGGCGGUGAGCGAUGUUGCAGUAAGCCUAUGAUCAUUCUGGAGAAUUUUGAGGAUUUAGUGAGGUUGGAGACUCUAAGAGUUAUGGUUCCAGUUUUCUCUCAAAAAAAAAAAAAAAAAAGAGUUAUGGUUCCAGUUGGCAGUAUAACCCUUUUAGAGCGGGCCGGGGUUGGUUUUCCUGCAAAAUUGAAGAAGUUGAUGCUGAGUGGGACUAAUUUUCCAAUGAAGGUUUUAACGGUAAUUGGGCAGUUACCAAAGCUUAAGGUGCUAAAACUAGAGAAUGCUUUCUAUGGCAGAGUGUGGGAAGUGGUUGAAGGAAGAUUCCCUGAAUUAAAAGAGUUGGAGGUUGAAGCCAAAAGUCUUGAGCGAUGGGUGGCCAAUACUAGCAGUCAUUUCCCAAAGCUCAAGAACAUAUUCUUAAAACGUUGUUAUUCUCUAGAAGAGAUCCCUCUUGUAAGUGCAUUAAAGCACCGGUUCUGGUCAAUUAAGUUGGAGCAAUGUCCUCCUUCUGUUGUCACUUCUGCCAAGAGGUUUCAUGAAGAUAUGGUGCACAGUGAAUUUGCGCGACCUGACCUUAUCAUUGACGGCAAGGCUUUUGGGUAUUAUUGUUCAUCAUCAUCAGACACAGAAGAAUCAGAAAAAUCAGAAGAAGAAGAAGACUAG